GACCACACCCCCUCUUUAAAUCCCAUUUCACUGCUUUAUCCGCCUUAACAUUCCCAUCAAAAUUUGAGUGAUUAUGCUCAUGUUGGAUUUGAUGAUCGACUCCAACAUGAGCAGCGCCCAAGAACAUAAGCAGUGGUGGGAGAAGUUUUCAGAAGCUUUAUUUGAGUGAAAGUACCAAUACAUUACUGUCCAAAUACUUCAUAACAAGUAAAAGUCCUUAAGUAAAAGUAGAAAAGUAUUAUCAGUCAAAUGUACUUAAAGUAUGAACAUGUUAAGUAAUCAUUGUGCAGAACAAUGAUCUUGUGUGUUUAUAAUUAUAUUUACAUAUGUGACAUUUCUAGAUAACAUUGUUGCAUCAAGUAGAGUUUUACUGUUGUAGACAAACAAAAAAGACACAUUUCGUGAAUAAUCCAUCAGAGUCCUUAAUGCUGGGAACAUGCUGCAUAGAACAAAAGCAAGAAGUGUCCCUGUUAAAAAAACACCUCUCUGGAAGAAGGUGACUCAUGGUGGGAGGGUUCCUGUAAGUGGAGGACUUGCAUGACUUGUUGAGCCUGUCUACUCCCUAAACUCUCUCUUUGAGUCUCCUACAGUGAGCUCUGAGCACAUGCAGCAGGAAGAGCUUCUCCUGUAGACACCGACAGUCUGCAUCAUGGAGGCUGCGUUCAAACCGAACGGAGAGGACAUAGCUCUGAAUACACUGGGGGAUAUAGAGGCGGGGACAGCCCGCUCUGGGAAAGCGUACCGGUCCAUCAACUUGAAUCACUAUGCCACUAAGAAAACUGCGGCUCAGAGCAUGCUGGACGUGGCCCUGCUGAUGGCCAACUCGUCCCAGCUGAAGACCGUUCUCUACGUGGGGCCUCACUACCGGUUCUACCUGCCCCUUCUUGUGCUGCUGUCUCUGUCCAUCAUCUUACAAGUGACCGUGGGGCUGCUCCUCGUCUUUAUCGCAGUGAAGUACGAUCUGAACGAUGUGAGGAAACAUGCCAAGUUAAAUAGGAUGAACAACGCAGCCACAGUGUUCGUCUUCUUCACCGUCCUCAUCAAUAUCUUCAUCACAGCGCUGGGAUUCGAGGGGUAUACUGCCAGGUCACCAAUGACACCUGUGAUUUUGCCAGAGCAUCAUCUCUCCCUCCUGCCCAACGACCUCAACAUGACUUCGGGCUUUUAGUCGUCAGUCUCCGGAGCAGCCCUUAUCUGAUAUAUCAAAGCCUUCAAAUCUAAGACUAUGGUACCAGCAGCCGUUUGUAACUUCUGAUCAGCUCCCUGCUCCUGAAUCACCUUUC